CCUCAGACACGGACUCUGACCACCUGGUCAGCCGCCAGGACUUCCCCUCGUUCAUAUUCCACAUGGCGUCAGCCGACCUCCGCAGCGUGUCCACGUUCGCGGCGCGGCCGCCGACGCCGACGCAGCAGCAGCAGCAGCAGCAGCAGCAGUCCCGGGUCCUGCUGCCGCCGCUGCCGGAGCUGCCUCAGCAGUGA